CUCCACCGCGCGGGGAGGAGCUCCUCCAUGUUUGUGGUCCGGUCUGAUAUCAACAGAGGAGCAGCGGGUCACACCCGGACUUUUAUCGUGAUCUGAUCCUGAUUCUGGAGAUUUGAAGAGAAAAUCUGAAAAGAUGCAGGAUGACGCGCGCUACCUCAAACGCAAAGUGACUGCGGGCAGUCUAGAUGUUCAUCCCACGGAGAAGGCCCUCGUGGUCCACUAUGAGGUGGAGGCGUCAAUACUGGGGGAAAGUGGAGGUCAUAUGCUGGGCGAACGCAAGGAGGGACAAAAAAUCAUCCGUGUGAAGAGUCUGUCUCCCAGUACAGAUGUAGGAGCUUUGGCCAAGAAAGUGGUGGAGGAGUGCAAGCUCAUCCCUUCCUCCCGUUUGCCCCAGGUGGAGCAGCUCCUCUACUACCUGCAGAACAGGAAAUCUUCCCCAGUGGAUGGAAAAGUGGAGAAGAGAGAAAAAAGAAGUGUGAAACCCAGAGAGUUGACACCGUUUGAAGGAAUGGAGUUAGAUGAGGAAGCCAGUAUAACCAAAGUGGAUGAGUAUGUGGAGCUGCUCUAUGAAGGCGUCCCAGAGAAGAUCAGAGGCUCUGCUCUCAUUCUGCAGCUCGCCCGCAACCCUGAAAACCUGGAGGAGCUGCUACAAAACGAGGCAGUUCUCGGGGCUCUGGCCAGAGUACUGAGGGAGGACUGGAAACAGAGUGGGGAGCUGGCCACCAUCAUCAUCUACAUCUUCUUCUGCUUCUCCAGUUUCUCCCAGUUUCAUGGAGUGGUGAGUCAUUAUAAAGUUGGUGCAUUGUGUAUGAGCGUGGUGGAACAUGAGCUGAAGAGACAUGACGUGUGGUGUGAGGAGCUACGCAAGAAAAACAAGGCUUGUGAGUCAGCACCGGAGAAUGGUUCCCUAAGAAGAGACCAAGACAAAGCUCUGAGGAAGUACCAGGGGCUUCGGGCUAAACAGGAGCAGCUGCUCAGAGUGUCUCUUUACCUCCUGUUGAACCUCGCUGAGGACACGAGAACGGAGCUGAAAAUGAGGAAUAAGAACAUUGUUGGUCUGUUGGUCAAAGUUCUUGAUCGGGAUGAUGAGGAGCUGCUGGUCCUGGUGGUUUCAUUCCUGAAAAAACUGUCCAUCUUUUUGGAGAAUAAAAAUGACAUGGCUGAGGUGGACACUGUAGAGCGACUGGCUCGUCUGGUUCCCUGUGACCAUGAAGAUCUGUUAAACCUGACUCUGCGCCUGCUGCUCAACCUCUCCUUUGACUCUGGGCUCCGAGCCAAGAUGGUUGAAGUUGGACUUUUGCCUAAACUGACUGGCUUGUUGGGUGAUGAGAACAAUCGUCAAGUAGUGAUGCGUAUCCUCUAUCACAUCAGCAUGGAUGACCGCUUCAAGGGCAUGUUUGUUUACACUGACUGUAUACCUCAGCUCAUGCAGAUGCUGUUUGAGGGCAGUGAGGAGGACAUUGAAGCCGAGCUCAUCUCCAUCUGCAUCAACCUGGCUGCAAACAAGAGGAACGCUCAACUUACAUGUGAAGGAAAUGGGCUGAAGAUGCUGAUGAAGAAAGCUCUGAAGACAAAAGACUGUCUGCUGAUGAAGAUGAUCAGAAACAUCUCACAACACGAUGGACAAACCAAACCAAUGUUCAUAGACUAUGUGGGUGACCUGGCAGCAGAGAUCCGUGCAGAGGAAGAGGAGGAGUGGGUUCUUGAGUGUCUUGGCACAUUGGCCAACCUCACCAUCCCUGACCUGGACUGGGAGUUGGUGCUGAAGGAGUACAACCUGGUACCUUACCUCAAAGACAGACUCAAACCAGGCUCAGCAGAGGAUGACCUCAUACUAGAGGUGGUGAUUAUGAUUGGAACGGUUUCCAUGGAUGAUGCCUGUGCCGCCAUGUUGGCUAAAUCUGGCAUUAUUCCUGCCCUUAUCGAGCUACUCAAUGGUAACUUACUAACACACGGACAGACACAUUUACAUGAGUACGAUGAGGAGUGGGGGAGGAAGAUCCAGUCAGAGAAGUUUCGUUUCCAUAACAACCAAUGGUUGGAGAUGGUCGAGAGUCGUCAGGCUGAUGAGUCAGAAACAUAUCUCUACGAUAACGACAAUGACAGGACCGAUCUCUUCUAUAGUGCAGAUGGAAUAACUCCAGCAGAUGGCUGCGUCAGCCCAGAUUUCUUCAGUGACCUGCAGGCUCAGAACGGAGACUCACACCUCACAGAGUGA